GUGCACAUGCGGGAGGCUCCCGGCGGCUGCGGGCUGAGGGGAGCGGCGCGGCCGGGCGCGCUAGGCUGCUGCCUCCGAAUGCGUGCCACGGCUGCUUGCCCCUGCAGAGAUGUGAGAGGAACUGGUAAAAGGUACUCAUUUCUCUAUAGGAAGCAAAAUGUUAUUUGCAUGGAUUGUGCCUGCAGCUAUUUGUUUGUUGACGCACUUCACAGCAGAAGCGUGCAGUAAAGGAAACGUGACUGCUAGCAAGCUUCCCCACGGGGUUGCAGAAAUAUGCGACAAAGGAAAUAUGACUGCUAACUCUGCUUCGCAUGUCCAGCCUGGAACUAACAUUACCCUCUCGUGCCAGCUGAAACAACCGAAAUACAAUGAGCAGUGCAAGAUAGCUAUUUUCUUUAACAGUUCUGAACUGAUUAUUAAUUAUGGCACUUCCGUGAGCACCGAAUUUCAAGUCCUUACAUAUGGCAAGCACAUGUUUACUUGCAAAAUAGUUUGUGAGUACAAGAAAAAACUCAUUUGUGGAAUCGAUAUAAUGUCUGGAAAUCCUCCAGAUCAGCCAAGAAACGUGUCAUGUAUCCAGUAUGGGACAGAUGGCAAUCCUACCUGCACCUGGGAUAAAGGGAGGCUUACAUACAUAAACACUACAUAUGUAAUACAGCUAUCAGAAGGCACUGACAUCUUCUGUUUUCUAGAAGAAAAUCUGAGUAAUAAAUUUGGCUCACUGGUUCUGAGCAAGAAGUUGAAUUUUGACUCUGCUUACACGGUUGUGGUUGCCGCCUCCAACGAACUAGGAAGUGCUUUUUCACAGCCACUCAUGUUCAUGUUAAUAGACAUAGUGAAACCACAUCCUCCGAGAUUGUUAAUGGAAUUUGAAAAUUCUGUGACAAAUUUUGCAUUUGUUUGGCAUGAUGAAGUACGAGCGCAGCACUGUAGAAUAAGAUACCGUCCGCUUACUGGUUACACCUGGAACACGGUUGAAAACGUAAAUAGUGAAAAUUUCAGUCUUUAUGGUCUGGAGCCUCAUACAGACUACGAAUUUCAGGUUAGCUGUAAAAUUCAUCCUGAGCGAGGACUGUGGAGUAACUGGAGUGCGUUCCAAACCCAGACUCCAGAAGAAGUGCCCACUGGCCUCUUAGAUGUCUGGUACAAAACGCAGGAUGUGGACUCUCAGAUGCAGAACAUUUCUCUUUUUUGGAAGGCUCUGAGCAAGUCAGAAGCAAAAGGAAGAAUCCUGCAGUACACAGUGACCUUUGAAGCACUAAAUCACGGGGGUUCCAAAGCGGUGGAAGCAGAGGUUACGACACAAACCAGUUACACCAGAACCACUGCAAAGAUGGACUACAGGAUAACAGUCACUGCUGAUAACUCGAGGGGAAGCUCACCUCCUGCAGCCAUCGUGACCGACCUAGGCAUCGGGGAUUUACCUCCUCCUCAAAAAGUCUCUGCUCUCCCGAUGGGAAAUGGCAGCAUCUUAGUCAGCUGGAAACCUCCCGAUAAAUCCACUGCGUUCAUCAAUGGAUACGUAGUGGAAUGGAUGGACACACACAGAAAGAAGAGCCUAGAACCUCAUCCGACCUGGAUAAAACUUGUAGCAUCCAACCUGUCUACAGUGAUAUCAGAACACGUAAAAGAUAACGUAUGCUAUGACAUCAGUGUAUUUGCACUUUAUCUGGACAGAGCUGGACGAGUGGCAUCAGUUAGGGGAUACUCGAGAGAAAAAGCACCAUCAGCUGGGCCCCAGAUGUACACAACACCACAGACAAAUGGUGUCUUGGUUUCAUGGGAGGACAUCCCUUCCCACCAGCAAAUGGGCUGCAUCACGGGGUACAACAUAUACCUGCGAAAAAAGGACAGCAAGGUAGCUCAGGCUGUCUUUGCCAUUUCUAAUGCAACUUCCCAACACGAAUUUUACAUCACAAACCUACAACGCGGUGAGAACUACGUCCUGUGGAUGACGGCAUCAACGGCUGCUGGGGAGAGCCCCUGGGGCAACAGGGAGCUAGUUUGCUUGGAAAGUGCUGUGGACUGGCUCAUUAUUGUACUUACGUGCAGCUUCUUUGUAUUUUCAGUCUGCGUGUGCUCUAUGCGUCCUGCAAGAAAAGUAUUAUAUUCUCUGCUUUCUGCCACUGUGCCUCAGUGGCACAACAAAGCCAUCCCAGAUCCAGCUAAUGCUACGUGGGCUAAGAGUUGCGCUUCUGUGAAGGGCGAGCUGAGCGUGCCUUCCAGUCUGUUCCUGCGGGACACAAGCAGCUUUGAAGAGCCUGAAACAAUAGAAGUGGAGGAGGGCUUCAUAAAGGCAGACUCCCAGAUUUUCCACGACAAGCUCAUCUUCAGCAACGUUCACAGCAGUGAAAAUCACGACUGGCAAUCGGAAAGCAGCUUUGAGAAGCAGGAGUCAGAGUACAAGGCUCUGCCCAGCACAACAGACGGAGACAGUUACGAACAUCAGCUCCCGUACUUGUACAGAAAGAUGGCAGAGGUGACAGAACAAAUGCAAAGUGUUUCGGAGUACCUCGCUAACCCCAUCACCGACAGAGCGCCAGGUUACCUGCCCGCAGGCAUCCUGUCCCCUGGUACAGACACUACUGACGAGCACCAGGAGCUCGAGUGCAGCCCAAUCUCUGUCUUCCCAACAACUUUUUUAACACCCGUAUUUUCCUAUGGAGGGAAACUUAAUUUGGACACAGUGAGACUGAACUGCAGCUCUUUCACAAGGUAGGGGGACAGAACAGACUGGCCUUGAUUUCUGUACUUCAGUGAAGUAUUUCGGUGUGUUUCACUGCAGCUAGUACGACAAUGUGCACGUGACACCUCUAGGUGACAAAAGCCAGCUCACAAACCUUGCCAGCAGUGUCAGUCAUGCCUUACAUUGCAACACAGCAGCUCUUCACCCACAGAGCACAUUAAGGUAGAAUUCAAGACAGAAGAGCCAGGAUUGCUGGGGCUCAGCAGCCUGGCUUUUUGAGAGUUUAAUUGCUCAGGCUGCCUUUAUGCAGCCUGGUUUGCCUCAGGUCCCUGUCCCACAGACCACAAGCAACCAAGUGUGGCUUGAACUACAUCAGACACAAGCUAAAAAUCAUUUAAAACGACGCUUGCCCAGAAGAGCAAGCACUGAUUUCAGUAAGGGUCAGCCCUCGGCAGCUGACAGGAUCACGGUUGCAGUCCGUGCUCCAGCUGCACACAAGUGAGAAAUGCAGCAUUUGGAAACCUGCAUCAGCUGGUGCUAAACUGACGUGCCUAAUACCCCCCCAGUGUUCUUUUCUGCAGACAGAACAUUGGCACAAAGUCGUUGCAUCCCCAUGACACUGGUGCUACAGCCCCACGCGGGCCUCAAAGGACAUGCGAUUCAUUGUUUCUGCAGCAGGGCUGAGCAGCUCCAUCAGGAGCCUGCCCCCAUGGCUCAGUUUGGAAAAGAAAUCCUCACCAGAAAUAAACAGGCAGCGCAUGCAUACAGUAAGCCAAAUGGACCGGGGAGAAUUUAAAUGAUUUAUUGAAGUAUUCUAAUUACAGGCUUGGAGGACAUGUUACACAUGUAAUGACUUUGUUUACUCGGUGUGUAUAUGUAUGCAUAUUUAUAACUUCAGGUUCCCAACAUUCUAUUUUUGUUUUCUCUGUUCAAGCUCAAGUGCAGCUAGGCACAGAAUAAAACGCCCUUAAAAACAAAGCUGAAGGUUUGCUCCCAGAGGUGAGGUAGUCCAGAUUUGAACUUACCUGGAGCACCAGCUCGUUAUCUCCUCUCCCUGAUUCGGGUGACGUCCCCACCCACAGCUGGUCAUGCAAGCUGUUACGCAGUGGCAUACAUUCAUGGUGACAGCCUCCUGUGACACUGCCAUCUCAAAGCACCUCCACUAAAAUCUGUUACCUAGCUUCGGGAGGAAACGAUCCUUGGCAGCUCUGCAGACAUCUCCUUUUAAAGCAGAAACAAACCUACCUGCACCACAAGACUGCUGCUUCAAGGCCACAGCUUUUCCUACUGCGUUUCACUUGAAAUAAAAACGCGAACUGUACUGCUGCAUUAGGGAGAUCUCUGCUCGUUCCCCUAGUCAAGAUCCAGCUAUGUUAUCUUCUGCAGGAGGUCUAUAAACUGCUGUAAUCCCAAGUUCAAAGACCACUGCAUGACAAGACCGUGAUUUUUAAUGGUAACACUGCCUUCUAAUUUGGUCCAAAACGCAGAGGGAUUAUCAGCAUCACUAAUUUUAUAGGGUUCUGUACCUCUGCUUGCACUGUGACACCUCUACAGCGGGCGGUGUCUACAAAAAUGGUUGCGUGAACAUGGGUUUUCGGGUUGCUUAGAAAGGUGAAAUUCAAGUCCUGGCACCAGCUCCUCUUGCGUAUGGCAGUCACUGGAUUUCACUGCAAUGCCCAGAGCGUUUCCUUUUGCUCAGCACAGCGAUCACAAGUACCCCGGCUCCUCUCAAACCUUAGUUUUCCAGUCUGCUGUUUCUGUGCACUGAAAACAAAGUAAAGCCAACGUUGAGUCAGCUGCCGUUAGAUUUGGUCUAUAGGUGUGCACUAACUGCUGUUAGAUUCGGUCUCUAGCUGUGCACCACGCAGCAGCAGCAGCCCCCAUGAAGGCAGAGCAGCUCGGGUGCCCGGCCAGCCACGGGUCCAGGAGCUCCAGCACGCUGCGUGUGGGCAGCCACAGAGCCCCGGGGCGUGCCGAGGGCUCAGCACCCAGCUGGCGUGGUCAGCACGUGGAGGCUGCGAGCCAGACCAGGCACUGCAGCACCCGGCGUUCCACCUGGAAGCAGCUCCCUGGGGAUAAGGAGGUGCGGAACAGGAUGGUGCCGACCGCCGCUACGGUCUGGGAGCUCUCCACGGCAUCCCCAAAGCACAGGGAAGGGCGCUGGCUGUUGGGAUACGUUGCAAGAGAAUAGAGCUGAGGAGGAACCCCCCCGUAACAGCUCCCGGGACAGCAGCACACCGCUGUACGGCAGCCUCGUGCUGCGCUCCUCAGGGCUCCUCCAACAGCAGAGACCGCUUCCGAAAGGCGCGUUCCUGGGGGAGCACUCGCCUGGUCUGCCUGCACCCAGCACGGGGAGCGUGCUUCUGGCACCUGCCCCUGCUCACCUGGGGCAGGGCACGGCCCAGGCCCGUUUGCAGGCAUCACACGGGAUCCUGCUCUUACCGGGGCUGUGGCAAGGUUUGUUCUUCCCAAGGUUUAUUCAGUCCCUUCUGGACCAGGAUACUUACCCUUUCUGUCCAGCCACUCGGUGCGAGCUCACUGCAUUCACGGCAAACACUGCGUUGCAGAAAAAGUGACCCCCAGAUGUGACCGAGCCUCUUGCUCAAGACACACACACACGAACUCAAGGCACAACACAGUCUGCCUCACCGUGAUGGCAUCACCACAAGCAAUGCGCACUCUCCCUUCCACCCCCAAUUUCAACAGGGCUUUCAAAACCGGCAGGAUUUGUUAUCUGCAGACCCCAAUAAAACCACAUGCGAGGAGGCUUCACAGCAGCUCCUGCGGUGCAGCCCUGCUCACGUCGUUACUGGGGGCUCAGCCUGGAGCAGUAUUUCAGAGCCGUAUUUAUAACGGUAUUCCAGCCUUGGGACUCGCUCACCCCCUCACGGCCACCCCCAAACUGGCCCCAAAGCCCUGUGGUAAGGUCACAGGGCAGCACAGCAGCUGGGCACGGACGGAUGCCCUUCCAUAGGAACGCGGCUCUCAGGGGUGGUCCGCGGGCACAGGGCAGCUGCCCAUCUCAGCAUCUUCCCCCAAACCCAGAGGCACCGCCGCCCGUCACUACGAGGAGCUGCUGCACGAGCAAGCAGGAAGCAGCGAUGGCCACGCCACGCAGACGCAGCAGCCUGCUCCACGGCCAGGCCUCGCCAGUGCCACGCAGCAGCCUGCACCCUGUCCCACGCGGCCUCGGAGCCCGAGAGGCCUUCAGGCGCUGCUUUU